UCGGCAGGAGAUUGGAGUAGCGCUGACCAAUCAUCACACGAGAUCCCCACAAAGAACAACCGUCCUUUCAGAUCUCUCAUCUCUCCCGCCCCAUAACGCGCGCCAAUGCCAUCCGUCUGCGCCGACGAGGGGACUCCCGCGGCGGCCGCGCUGCCCAGGGCCUCCAUCUCGCACGUAAUCUUCGACAUGGACGGCCUCCUCCUCGACACGGAGGGGUUCUACACGGAGGUGCAGGAGAAGAUCCUCGCGAGAUACGGCAAGGUGUUCGACUGGGCCAUCAAGGUAAAGAUGAUGGGCAAGACGACUGCCGAGUCAACGCGCAUCUUCUUCGAGGAGUGCGGCCUCACCGGCCUGCUCACCCCGGAGCAAUUCCUCGAGGAGCGCGAGAGCAUGCUCAAGGAGCUCUUACCCUCCUGCACUGCACUGCCAGGUGUACUACGCUUGAUCCAUCAUCUCCAUGCCAAUGGAAUACCAAUAGCUGUUGCAACUGGAACCCAGAAACAUCACUUUGCACUGAAGACACAAAAGCACCAGGAAAUGUUUUCCCUGAUGCAUCAUGUUGUUACGGGGGAUGAUGCCGAAGUGAAGGCUGGCAAGCCAUCGCCUGAUAUUUUCCUUGCCGCUAUGAGGAGGUUUGAGGCAUUGGAAUUGACCCACAAUGUGGAACCCAGUAAUUGCUUGGUUUUUGAAGAUGCACCAUUGGGUGUUUCAGCAGCUAAAACUGCUGGAAUGUACGUGGUGAUGGUCCCAGAUCCAAGGCUUGAUGUUUCAUAUCACAAAGGAGCUGACCAAGUUCUCAGUUCAUUGUUGGAUUUCAAACCUAGCGAAUGGGGCUUGCCACCUUUUAAAGUUUAGACAACUUUCGUACAGAGAUAUCAAAUGUUGGGAGUGUGAGUAAGAUAUACCACAUCCUUAUGUUGUGUUUCAGCAUAUGCCACUCCAAGGUCCCAGUGCCAUUGGUGAGACGUUGUAGCGUACGUUCUAAAAUUCAACUAAGACGAGUGGCAUAUACUAAAAAAAUAAAUAGAAAGAAAGAAAAACUCUUGUCUAGGCAUGCUCGCAUAGGCAGGCGUUACUGAACAUUUGCUGCUGCUGCUGCUUCUGCUAGUUUAGAGUAUUUUUAAAAUUCAUCAUUCAUAUGUGAUUCCUAUAUUUUAUUAGCAGAAAAUUCGAUUGAUAUUAGAACUAAUGAUAACACUUUGAGAGUGCCUUUUGUUCUGUGACAGCAAAUAUUAUGAACUCUCCUUCAAUAGAGAAUCUUCCGUUACUGCAAUAUCUGCUUAAACCUGCCAUUUACUUUUCUUUUCUUUUCAAAUGAGAAAACUUUUUAUAUGAUCACUCUAAUUGGUAUUCACCUUAUGUACUCGUAGAGAAAAAAAAUACUUUUGAGAUUUCCAUUUCUUUGGUGUUAAGGAAAAGAUUUGUACCGGUUUGUCAAAGCUUGAGCAAUGCUCCUCUCAUCCAUUAGUUUGGAGGAGGGAGACUACAAAUAUCCGAGAUAGGAAUAGGGGACAUCAUGAUAUAGGAAGGCUUGUAG